AUGUAGAAAAUCUUAUCUUUGCUUACAACAGCAUUAUUAUUGAGUGGUUUAGCAUUUUACUCAUAAAAUGAGGAAUCUCACUCCUUUAAAAUUUGGUAGAAGAAAUAUAACAAGUUCUAUUCUUCAAGCGAAGAAGCAUACCGAUAGAUAAUAUUCAAUCAAAAUGUUGAAUUAAUCAAUAAACAUAACUCAAAUCCCAACAAAAGUUAUAGCAUGGCAAUCAAUUAAUUUGUUGAUUUAACUAAGGAAGAAUUCUAAUCUAUGUAUUUGGGAAAAUCAACUUUUGUUAAAAUUGAUAAUAUUGAAUUAAGCUCUCGAAAUAACUUAGGAGAAGUCGAUUGGUCUAGAAAAAUGUUUCCAAUCAAAGAUUAAGGUAAUUGUGGAUCAUUUUGGGCUUUCUCUGCUAUAGGUGCAAUUGAGGUUUCUUGAUCGUAAGAAAAGGCUUAAAAUGGGAAUUGGCUGAAUAAUAAUUAGUAGAUUGUGCUUAUUAUGCAGGAGAUGGAUGCUAUGGAGGUGAUGCAGCCUUGGCAUCAGAUUAUAUUGCUGAAGUUGGUUCUGUUUAUGAAAUGGAUUAUGAAUAUGUAAAUCAUAUCAAAUAUAUUAAAAGAAAUCAAGAUCAGGUAUUUGCAAGGUUAGAAGAGAAGGUGAGGUUAAAAUUUCAGGAAGAGUAAGCUAUGUUCCAAAUGAAGAUUCUAUCAAGAAGGGAAUUUAAAAUUAUCCAUUAUCUGUGAGUGUUGAUGCCACUGAUUGGAGUUUCUAUAGCAAAGGAAUAUUUGAUGGAAAUUGUAAAGAAAAUUACAAUAAUCAUGCUACUGUUGCUGUUGGAUUUGACAAUGCCGGAAACUGGAAGAUAAGAAAUUCAUGGGGAGAAGGUUGGGGAGAUCAAGGUUACAUUUGGUUGAGACCAGGUAAUUCUUGUGGUGUAAUGACCAGAGUUGAUGGUGCCAUUUGA